AUGUUUGGGUGCAAAUGUCUGUCUUGGAACAAUCUCAGAGAAUUUCCGCCAUUGAAGGAACCUGAAACUUUCUCGCUCCCUGCUUCUCUUCCCCAGUGGCCUUCAGGUCAAGGCUUUGCUUCAAGAAGAAUCAACCUCGGAGAAUUAGAAGUCACCGAGAUCACAUCUUUCAAAUUCAUAUGGCGAUACGUCUCUCCUCGAGACAGCAAGAAGAGUGUCUCCUUCUACAAACCAGACAAACCCCCAGAAGAUUUCCACUGCUUAGGCCAUUACUGUCAAUCCGAUUCUCACCUCCUGAGAGGUUUCCUUCUCGUAGCAAGAGACGUCAAAUCUUCAGAACCAUCAAAAGACCCUGCACUUGUGAAACCACUUGACUACACAUUGGUCUGGAGCUCAAAUGACGACUUAUCACAAGACCCUCAAACCGAAUCCGGUUACUUCUGGCUACCGCAACCUCCACGAGGAUAUAAACCGAUCGGAUUCGUGGUUACAACGAGCCCCUCGAAGCCUGAAUUGGAUCAAGUGAGAUGUGUUCGAGCCGAUCUAACCGAUAAAUGCGAAGCGCAUAAAGUCGUCAUCACAGCGAUUUCAGAUUCUUUAAACGUUCCUUUGUUUGUAUGGACAACGAGACCGCGAGAUCGCGGAAUGUGGGGGAAAGGAGUCUCUGCGGGUACAUUCUUCUGCAGAACUCGGCUGAUGAUUGAAGAAGAUGACGACGACGACAUUGCUUGUUUGAAGAAUCUUGAUUCGAGUUUACACGCAAUGCCGAAUAUCGAUCAGAUUCAUGCGUUGGUCCAACAUUACGGUCCGAGAGUUUACUUCCAUCCCGAUGAAGCUUAUUUGCCUUCUUCAGUCGAAUGGUUCUUCAAGAACGGUGCCGUUUUGUGCAGCUCGGAUUCCGAUAUCCACGAGAAUGUUGACGAGAACGGAGCGAAUCUGCCUCACGGAGGAAGCAACGAUAAGCAGUUUUGGAUCGAUUUGCCGAGAAGCGACGAGCGAAGAAGCAAGUUUCUCAAGCGAGGAGAUAUCGGAACCGCGAAGCUUUACGUUCACGUUAAGCCGGCGUUUGGAGGAGCGUUUACGGAUCUCGCGUUUUGGAUUUUCUGUCCUUUCAACGGACCGGCGACGCUGAAGCUAGGGUUGGUGAAUCUCCCGCUGGCGAAAACCGGUCAACACGUUUGCGAUUGGGAACAUUUCACUCUCCGGAUCAGUAAUUUCUCCGGCGAGCUCUGUGCGGUUUACUUCUCUCAGCACAGCGGCGGAGAGUGGAUCGGAGCUCGGGAUCUGGAGUUCGUGGAAGGAAGCAAUAGAGCUGUGGUUUACUCGUCGAAGGAUGGUCACGCGAGCUUUGGUAGGUCUGGGAUGUAUUUACAGGGAUCGGAUGCGCUUGGGAUCGGGAUAAGGAACGAUACAGCGAAAAGCGAUUUGUUUGUGGAUUCGAGUUCGAGGUAUGAGAUUGUGGCGGCGGAGUAUCUAGGAGGAGCGGUGGUGGAGCCGCCGUGGCUGGGUUAUAUGAGAGAGUGGGGACCGACGAUUGUGUACGGAUCGAGGACGGAGAUUGAGAGAUUGAAUGAGAGAUUGCCAUGGAAGUUGAGGAGUUGGGUUAAUGCGGUGUUGAGGAAGCUUCCGGUGGAAUUAUCCGGCGAGGAAGGACCAACGGGACCCAAGGAGAAGAAUAAUUGGUUCGGCGAUGAGAGAUGGUGA